UCCCAACCAGCCGUCUGCCAAGGCAACACUGGCACACUCAUCCCCGGUGCCAGUAUGCUCAAGGACACGGCGGGGUUGUGACAGCUAGCAAAGUGGCGGAUGUCUCUCCAAUCCUCCUUUGCUUGGCCAGGACAGUCCUAUCACGUUGAGAAAAGUCAACAGUUUUGAAUAAACACCACGUUGUCCAUAGUCUUAAACACUGUUGGUUAAUAAAGUUCAGGAUGGAUUAUUCGAGGUUCAUAUCAAAGAUGUCUUUAAAUCGAAAGCCGUCAGGAAUCAGUGAAAUGCGGAAGUACCUCGCGGAGCCGUCUCCCUCGUUGGUGUGGCUGGCCUCGGGAAUGCCCAACCCGCAGCUGUUUCCCUUCCGCGACGCCACCUUCAGCCUGAGCGACGGGUCUGUCCUCGAAAUCGGGCAGGACCUCAUGGCGACAGGGCUGCAGUACGGACCGACGCCGGGGUACAUCCCCCUGGUCCGGCAGCUGAAGGACAUGACGCUCCGGAACCACAGUCCUCCGCGUUGGGGUGAGAGCGACCUCCUGGUGACCGUCGGGUGUCAGGACGGGCUGGCGAAGGCGCUGGAGAUGCUGCUCGACGUCGGGGACUGCGUGGUGGUGCAGGAGCCGUGUUAUUCGGAUGUUCUGUGCAUUCUCGCUCCUCUGACGCCGAAGUUCGUCGUUGUCGCCGCGGACGAGAAAGGGAAUGUGUCCGUCGGCGCUGAGGAAGGGACUCGAACAGGCCGCGCAGGAUGGGGGACCCGCGCCCAAGGUCAUGUACUUGGUGCCUAACGCAUGCAACCCCACGGGAACCACCAUGGACGAGGCGAGGAGGAGGGAGAUCUACAGCCUCGCCUCCGAGUACGACCUCAUCAUCCUCGAGGACGACCCUUACUACUUCUUGCAGUAUGACGACCAG